UUGGCAGAAUGGUUCUGAAAAGAACCGUCUUUUGUUACUACACGAGCACUGACUUGAUUGGCCGGGACUAGGCCUACUUCUUUCGCUUCGUGGAUUGAGGGGACUUCUCACAUAUUACCUGCAUAUCGUUUAUUUAGAAUGAGCUGACACGACUCAUACCGAGGCUCAUCAUCACACAUCACUGUUUGACGAAAGGGAAAAAUCGGCAAGAUGAGGGCGGGGACCCGCGAGAAGCAGCGAGGUGUAAAGAUCAACGAGGAGAAAGACGACCCAUUUGUAUGUUUCGGAUACCGCCGGAGCACACCAUGGACUUGGCUGAGUUACGCCCUCUGCGUCCUAACUGUUGGAUUCUUCAUCUUGGUGUUUUACUGGAAACCUGAUUGGUUUAUCAGGAUGACGUGUUACUCAUGUGACCUACAAGAGGCUGAUUCUAUUAUAAUAAAGGAUAUCUAUCGACGAAACCAUGUUUGUUCAAUUCGCAAACUGGAAAUAAAUUCCGAAAGUGAGUGCUCAGCCAAGACCCUCCGGAUGCUCUUUCGUCAUGACGUCGUAGUUGACGGUAUUUGGAAGUAUUUUCGGUAUCAAGAGAUGCUCUACGUAUGGCACCCAACAAACAAAGCUUUCUACAAGCUCAGAGCUCUUGAUGGGGCAACGAGUUGUUCUGAGUUUUAUGAUAAACUUCAAAAUGGUCUAUCUCGACAAGAAGCUGCUGAGCGGCGAUAUGUCUAUGGCCUCAAUAAGAUAGUCAUCCAAGUUCGUCCAAUUCUUGUUUUACUGGUACAAGAAGUGUUGAAUCCUUUCUACGUCUUCCAGAUCUUCAGUGUCUGUGUGUGGAUGGUCGAUGAAUAUUACAUUUACUCUGGAUGCAUUAUCUUGAUGUCGUUCAUAUCCAUUGCUCUAUCACUCUACACUACCAGAAAGCAAAGUACAACGUUGAGAGAUAUGGUACACUCUGACACUUUGGUUGAGGUCUUGAGGAAAUCUGGAGAAUCCAUCGAGGUAAUGGAGGAGGAGAUCGUGCCUGGUGACGUCAUAGUUCUCCCCUCCCAGGGGUGUUUGAUGACGUGUGAUGCAGUGUUACUGACUGGUAACUGUAUUGUCAAUGAGAGCAUGCUCACAGGUGAGAGUGUUCCAGUUACGAAGACACCCUUACCACGGACUAGCGGGGUCGACGGAGAGUCUGCACCGGGUUAUAGCGCUGAUAAGCACAAGCGGCACACACUGUUUUGCGGGACUCAGGUAAUACAGACCCGGUACUACGGGGGCGGGAUGGUUAAAGCUGUCGUUGUUCAAACAGGUUUCUCGACAGCAAAAGGUGGUUUAGUACGUUCGAUCCUCUUCCCGAAGCCGAUGGAUUUUAGCAUGCUCAAGGACGCCAUCAUGUUUAUUGGUCUACUUGCAAGCUUUGCUUUCAUUGGUUUUAUCUACACGAUUGUUGUCUUCGUAAACUUUGGGUUUGACGCUGGUUACAUCGCCAAACGGUGUUUGGAUAUCAUCACUAUUGCCGUCCCUCCGGUAUUACCUGCUGCCCUCACGAUCGGAAUGGUAUAUGCCCAACUUCGUCUGAAAGCCAAAGGUAUAUUCUGCAUCAGUCCUCAACGGAUCAACACGUGCGGUACACUCAAUGUCGUCUGCUUCGAUAAGACGGGAACCUUAACCGAAGACGGGCUUGACUUGAUGGGUGUCCAGCUGGCUGCGGGUGGAAGUUUCGGCAAGAUGAAGACGUCCGUAACUAAGGACGCUCCCGUUGGACAUCACAUUGUUGCCAUGGCAACGUGUCACUCACUGACCAUCAUCAAUGGCGAGAUAAGCGGAGAUCCGAUUGAUCUUAAGAUGUUCCAGGCUUCUGGAUGGGAGCUUGAAGAACCAACGAGUGAAGAAACCACACAUUUUGAUAUGAUGGUACCCACCAUCGUACGGUCACCACCGACUGCAGCUAAACGCAAAUCAGAGGGAGUUGAGGAGGUUGGCAUCUUGAAGCAGUUUCCUUUCUCCUCCGAGCUUCAGCGGAUGAGUGUCAUUACGAAGUCACUUAGAGAUGAACCCAUGCAGCUCUACAUCAAAGGAUCACCUGAGCUUGUAGCUUCCCUCUCUAAAAUGGAUACGGUUCCAUCUGAUUUCCAAGAGCAGUUAAACUCCUACACUAAGGAUGGAUUUCGUGUAUUGGCAUUAGCAACAAAACAGCUGGACUCCAAGCUGUCAUGGCAUAAACUACAACAACUCAACAGGGACCAAGUGGAGCGAGAUCUGACUUUCGUCGGGCUUCUCAUAAUGCAGAAUAAAAUGAAGCCGGAAACCAAACCUGUUAUCGAGGAACUGAUGAAUGCUAAUAUUCGAACUGUUAUGGUCACAGGUGAUAACAUCUUAACGGCCAUUAAUAUUGCCCGUAAGUGCGGAAUGGUCGGUGCUGAGGAAGACAUCGUGCGUAUCGAGGCUGACUACUGCGCAGAUGCAAAGCACUCUGCUCUACACUGCACUAAAGUGACGUCAGAGCAAGACGAAAUCAGUUCUGACUACAGGAGUUUCGACAUGGAUAUGAAAAAUUGUGAAACUUCCCUUCAGAUUGAGCCAUUCACAAGACGCAAAGUGCAUUUCGCUAUAGACGGUAAAUCACUAGAAAUUGUGAGGAAACACCACCAGUGUGUACUGCCGCAGCUUGCAGUUCAAGGAACUAUCUUUGCUCGCAUGACCCCUGAUCAGAAGAGUGAGUUGGUCCAGACUCUUCAAGACUUGGACUACCGUGUAGGGAUGUGUGGAGACGGGGCUAAUGAUUGCGGGGCACUCAAGGCUGCUCAUGCUGGUAUUGCCCUGUCGGAAGCUGAGGCCUCCGUGGCGUCACCAUUCACAUCAAAGAUACAGAACAUCUCGUGUGUCCCGAUUGUUAUUAAGGAAGGCCGAGCUGCGCUGGUGACGUCAUUCGGUAUGUUCAAGUUCAUCGCACUAUAUAGCAUGAUACAGUUCGUGUCCGUCAUGAUUUGCUACACGGUCCACUCGGCCUUGAGUAAUUUCAUGUUCAUGUAUUCGGACAUCUUUGUUUGCACAACUGUAAUUUUGUUCAUGGGGCGUAACAAAGCCUACCACUCCAUCGCCAUGAAGAAGCCGACAACCAAGCUAUUUGUAACUCCAAUCAUAUUGUCUCUGACUUUACAAGUCGCUAUCCAAACCGCCUGCCAAGCAGCAAUCUUUGUCAUCCUCAAAACUCAAUCAUGGUUUGUUCCGAUGGUUCCGUCUAAAACCGAUAAGAACAUUCAGUGCUGGGAAACGACCUCUGUCUUCUUGGUAUCCAUGUUUCAGUAUACCAUAAUGGCGAUUGUGUACACACCGGGAAAACCCUACAGGAAACCAAUCUACAGAAACUAUUUGUACAUGGUGGAUCUUUUUGUCAUCAUUGUCUGUAGUUUUGUUAUGUUGUUUUAUCCACCGACGAAAAUCGAAGAACUCUUCGAGUUUGAACACAUUCCGAGCUUCAGGUUCAAGGGGAUCAUCCUAGCAGUGGUAUUUAGCAACUUUAUAUUGUCAGCAUUUGUAGAGCUGUUCCUGGUGUCUAACCGUUCGUUGCUGAAACUGGUAUCCUGUAAAAACUGCCGUCGGGCUAAACGUGCCAAGUACGAAGAAUUAAUGAUGAUCUCAACUAGUCUUGGGGAUCCAGAUUGACUCAUGUCAGUCUUUAAUUAACUAAUUUUCUAACUAAAGAAAUAUCCGACUUUGUUGAAUGGCAAUUCUGGAACUCCGUACUACACAAAUCCUAGAUUUUGUUUAUGUUUGUAUUAAAUGUUUUGUAAACCUUUAGAUAAAUAGAGGGGUUAAUGUUCGUAUUCGAUAUGAAAACAAUAUUUUCUUUGAAUGUGUCACCUGUAGGCUGAAAUUGUGGGGCUAUGUUCAGUUCAAACAUUUAGGGAUUUUUCCUUUAAAAUUAAUAUUAUUAUAGCCAUCGUCGUUUGUGCAUUAUAAAUAAACACAUAAUGAGCUACUAUAAUAACACAGAAAGUACAUGCACGCACAUUAUUUUAAUAGCAAUAUGAUUGUAUUACUAAGCAAUUUAAUUAUAUACACCAGCAUUCCAGUUAUUACUGUGUCUUUUUGUUCAAAUAACGAAUUAUUAUAAGAGGGAAUAUAAUAUUAUGUUAAUAUCUAUGCACGAUUCACCCUCAGCCAAAAUCCUCAGCAGCUGACUUUUUUGAGUUGAAAGUUAAUAAAUUAUUAUGAAAGGCUUAAAAAUAACAUAAUCAGAGGGAUAAGUUAAUAAUUAGAACAACAAUCGAAAUAAUGUUUUAUUUCUGAAGUUCUACUGUAUUUUGGGAAGGUUGGUAUUUUAUUUGGGGUAGGCUCAUUUAUUUGUUUUCUCCUGAUAAUGGCUCAAAAUUGAAUUGUAUUAUCAGGAAUUAUGUCGGCCCGGAUAUUAUUAGAACAAAUCAAGGGUAUGUCAUUGUUGUGUUUGACCUUUAGGCGGUUCGGGUCCGCGAUUGUUGGGUUUUGAUAUUUCAGUUUUUUAUAAUGUGUAAUAAUGAGAUUUUAAACUACACUUAAUUACAAUAAAUUCUACACCUUUAGGCCUAUGUUUGGUUUCUAUUUCUAUUAUUUGUAAAUAAAUCUCUCAUCUCAGAUUAAAAUUAAUACUAAUUAAUUCUUUUAGUAACACAAAAGUUUCCCCUACUAUAACCCAGAGUUUGUUUUAACACUGUCUGUUUUUGG